AUGAACCAUCUUGAAAGAUAAUUACAUUAGUAAGGAAAGAAAAUAAAAUCAUUAGCACAAGAAUUAGAUGAUAUUAAAUAACGAUAUUCUGAAUUAUAAUUUAAAUUAAAUUAAGAGGAGGAGAAAAAUAAAAUAUUAUAAUCAGAUUUAGAUAAAUAUACAUAAAUGAAAUAUGAAUAAAGAAGAUAAAUUCAAUUUUUAGAAUCAUAAAGAGAUAAUUUAUUAGAAUAAUUAAAAUCAUUACAUGAAUAUAAUUCUUCAAUGUUUAAUCUAUAGUAAGAAAUAAAUCAAUAAUUUUUAGACAUAAUAAUUCAUUUAAUAAAAUGAGAACGGUUUAAUAGCUAACACUUACAUAAGAUGAAUUAUAAAAAUCAUAAUAACAAUUAUUAAGAUUAUAAAGUGAAAAUGUUGAAUUGAGAAGCAAAGUUUAAGAAUUAAUGUUAACUAAUUAAUAAUAAAAUGAAUAGAUACAAGUAUAUCCAUAAUAAAUAGAAAAUCUCAGAUAAAAAUAUAUUCAAUUAUUAUCUGAAAGAGAUUUACAAAUAUUAUAACUUGCUGAGAAAAUAGAGUAACUUAGAAAAGAUUAAUAAAUAAAAGAAGAAAAAUGUUAGAAAAUAGAAUUUGAAGAAUCUGAUAUAACAGAAGAUACAAAUUCUAAUUAGGAUGGUAAUCUAUUUUAAUAAACAUUAAUUGAUAAUGCUGAAACAAUAAAAACAAUGAAAAAAUCAGAUGAAGAAAAGCAGAAAACUAUUUUACAUCUUAGUGAAUAAGUUACAUUAUUACAAAUUGAGAAUUCAAAAUAAAGAUAGCUUUAUACAAGUUAAUAAAUAACAAAACUUUAUCCUUAAGAGAUAUAAUUAUAAAUUCGUCGAAUUUAACAAUUAAGAAGUAUUCUACCUUAAUUUACAACUAAGAUUGCAAUAUUGCAAAUGAAAUAAUAAGAGAUUAAUCAAUUGAGAUAAAGAACUUAAGAUUUAGAAAAUGAAUUAAAAUAUUAAUAGAAAGAAUUAACAAAAUACAAAUAAAAAUAUUAAAAUAAAAAAAGAAAGCUAGGAGAUAUAAAGGAAUAAUUUUCAAAUGUUUUAUCCGAGAAUUGGAAAAUAAAAGAGAAAUUAUUAGAUAUAAUAAAAAAUGAAUAAUAAGUUGAAUAAUUACUUUAAAAUUUAUCUAAAGAAUUGUGUUUUGAUGAAUAUCCUUUUGAAAGUUUGGAUGAGUUGCUAAAUAGCUAUAAUAAGAUAAAAAUGAAAUUGUUAAAUUAAUCAGAAUAGAAGCAUAUGAGACUUCUUUGA